AUGCCGCCGCCGCCUACGCUGCGCCAUCACGGCGGCGUGGUCAGCCGGUACGCGUUCUGGACGGGCAAGCCGCGGUGGACGCGACACGGACGACCAAUGGUGCUGACGUACGCCGUGUCCCACACCGACGCCGUCGGCUACCUCCCGGGCGACGCCGUGCUGGCCGUGUUCCGGAGCGCGUUCGCGCGGUGGGCGGAGGUGAUCCCGGUGAGCUUCGCGGAGAUCACGACGGAGGACGACGCGGCGGCGGCGGAGGCGGACAUCAGGGUGGGGUUCUACGGCGCCGGCGAGCACGGCGACGGGCACCCGUUCGACGGUCCGCUGAACGUGUACGCCCACGCCACCGGGCCGGAGGACGGGCGCAUCGACUUCGACGCGGCGGAGCGGUGGGCGGUGGACCUGGCCGCCGACGCGUCGCCGGCGGCCGUCGACCUGGAGACGGUGGCGACGCACGAGAUCGGCCACGCCCUCGGCCUCGACCACUCGACGUCGGAGAGCUCGGUGAUGUACCCGUACGUCGGCACGAGGGAAAGGAAGGUGCGGCUCACUGUGGACGACGUGGAAGGCAUCCAGGAGUUGUACGGGGUCAACCCAAGCUUCAGCUUCCUAGACUACUUCAAGCCGGACCAUGACACCCCAAGGAGUCGUUUUUGGCGACUUGGUAUAGCCUGCAUCUUACUUUUGCCGCUCUAG